AUGGAUCACAUCCGAGGCAUCGACGACUACAAAGUCAGGCUAUUUUCCUCUAGCUACGAUGAUUGGAAAGAGGCCGGAAAAGAGCCGUGUGGCUUCCUGAACUAUCCGAAAAGAAAGAACUGGACGGUGACCGAGGACGGCAGCUGUGUCCCGCCUGGCCCGGACGAUCCUAGCUUUCAUGAAAGCCACCGCAUGGAAAGCUUCCUACAGUCCUGGCUCUUUUUCGGGCUGAUACAAGCUGUUCUCGGAUACUCGAAUCGCAUCAAUUUCGAAAUAUUCAAAGGAAGCGGCGCCAUCGAGGAAAGCGUCACCACGAGCCAUCUCCCCCGUCUCCUGAACAACUGGGACGACUUCGAGAGGCAGGAAGACAACAAAAGGGAUCAAAGCGUAAGAAUGGUUCGAAUCCAGAUGGCGCUGGACCGCGCCCGGGGCGUGGUGAAGCGUUACUGUUCAGUGGAAGAAGAGGGGGUUCAGGGUUCCCGACGGAACGACGAACUGAUAGACGACAACUUGGCCCUGUCGCUGAUUGUCCUCGGGGAAACGCUUUCCUAUGCCAAAGCACGCAUAGUGGAACGAGCCGGCUUCACCAUCAGAGGCUGGCACGGCGAAACCUCCGCCGGUUGGGGCACCAGCAAAGCCGUGGUCGACCGAAUGAAGAUGUCCUGGUGCCCAAGAACCGUGGCCAUUCUCACGCGCCAGCUACGCGGCAAUACCACUGCUCUACUUGAGGCCCACAAGCUGUACCCGCAGCUCGGAGAGCCCAAGCACCACAAAUGCUCCCGUGAGCAGUGCAAGUGGACGUCGUUUGCUAAUGGCGAAGCAUAUGAGCGGCGGCAUACUGAUAGUUGCCCGUGCAAGGCUUCGGGCUGCGACGAUCGUUGUCUAGACGCCGGCCCAGAUUUGAAAAAGCUGCUCGACAUCAUCAGGGAAGACAAGAUCCCCGUCUUCACGCUGGCGAGCAAGGAACAGGGUGGCCCCCUCUUAGUGAACGUCAAGAAGGCCACUGAGGUCUCCGAGUACGCCACAAUCUCCCACGUCUGGUCAGAUGGCUACGGGAAUCCUGAUUCCAACAGCCUCUGCCAAUGCCAGGUCGACUUUCUCCAAAAGGCGCUAGCCGGGGCUCAAGAGAAACGAGGCCAGAAGGGCAAACCGAUUGCCUUCUGGAUGGACACCUUGGCGAUUCCGGUCGGCGACAGCAAGGGAGCAAAGGAGAUGAAAUCAAAGUGCAUCCGUCGGAUCCACGAGACAUUCGUCCAGUCAAAGUACACGGUUAUCCUCGACGGCGGUCUAAUGCAGACCGGCAUAGUCGGGGACGACUAUUCGGCUACCGCCGUCAAGAUCCUGGCAAGCGGAUGGAUGCGUCGCCUAUGGACUCUUCAAGAAGCUUAUUUGAGCGAAAGACUGUUCUUUGCCUUCAAAGACAGCAGCUUGGACCUCGAGGAUUUGGAAAGCCAUUACCAUGAAGCGAGCGAUAACUUGGUCUCGGAUAUGCCGACUGCCGCCAGAAACUAUUUCCACAACCUCCUCGGCACGGCGAGACGGGCGAGAGUCCACGGCUUGAGCCCAAAAGAAGGCAUCGACCUCAUUUCUUCCGUGUGGAAAGCAGCGAACUGGCGUACAACCACAUACGGCGAACACGAAGUUGUGGCGUUGGUGUCUCUUCUGAAUCUCAAUACCGAUGAUUCAGAUCAUGCCCAGGACAUUAACAGAGAUUUCGGUGCAGGCGAAAAGUCCCCAAUGGUCAUCGAGCGUAACAUGAAGCAAUUCUGGAUGUUGCUUGAGGAACUCUACCCUGGAUCCAUCCCUGCUGGAAUGAUCUUUCUCCCUCCACCCAGACUGACAGAACGCGGUUUCGGGUGGGCUCCGAGGACGUGGAUGUCUGGCAAACAGCUUGAACACCCCGAUCCUCUCCUCCUGUCGGCUUUGACUCCUCCAGGCAUCUUGAGCAUGGACCACGGCCUCCUGGUGCAGUUUCCCGGAUUCCUCCUGCAUUCUACCGAGCAGACGUCACAGAAGAUCCUCCUUAAUAUCGAUAAGAGCCUGACGUUCCCUACGGACAGCACCCUCUUGGAAUGGUACAAGUACAGAAAGGCCCAAGAUGACGAAAAGGAUUACCACUUCAUCCAGCAGCCCGUGACAGCGCAGAAGGACUCGAGAAAGUAUGCAAUCAUCCUUCCCCGCGAGCGGCCUGGUGCAGUGGAGGAGAUAGGGCUGCUUGUGGAGAUUGAGAAGAGACAGCCCCAAAGGUCCUUCGCCGACAGCCAGGAAACAAGGGUCUUCCAUGUGUCGAUCAAAUUCCGGAUCCUGAUCAAACGGGAAACCGCCUCUCAUCAGGAUGGGAGUUUGAACAAGUUUUACCAGGACAUGCACACUCGUGGAAAAGACCCUCCCGUCUUCGGUGAAGUUCUCGGCCCAAGCCAGAAAUGGUAUGUGGACCGGAAAGAAGACUCGAGGCAAGCGGGACCGGCGCGGGGGUAUCCAUCUGGAUUCGAGGCUCAGGAACAUGUUGAAAGACCGUCUCGCGCUGGCGCCGCUAGCGCUAUCACAAACUUUCUAUCAACAUUUUCCAACAGCAUCGGUAAAAAAGCCGAAGAACAAAGUGACCAAAGUGAAGAGCUCGUGCCAAUGCCCCUCUCGGGGGGCUCUAGAAGUAGAAGGGUUUGGUAG